AUGGCCACAUCCAAUUCUUCUGCCUCUCUGUCCACCUUCUUCUGGGUCAAUGGCUCUGGAGACAGCAUGCUGAGUACUGAUGGUGCUGCAAUUCCUGUCCAGAUCCUUGUUCUGAGGAUCAUGGUUGCACUGGCCUAUGGACUUGUAGGUAUCAUUGGCUUGCUGGGAAAUUUGGCUGUACUGUGGGUGCUAGGUAACUCUGGUCAGCGUGUACCCGGCCCACCUUCUGACACCUUUGUAUUCAGCCUGGCUCUGGCAGACUUGGGACUGGCCCUCACUCUCCCUUUCUGGGCAACCAAGUCAGCAAUGGACUUCCACUGGCCUUUCCGAAGUGUAGUCGUGACGACCACUGUCCUCAGCAUCUACGCUAGCACCUUCCUGAUUACAACACUGAGUAUCUCAAGAUACUCGGUGGUGGCCAUGGCUGUGGGACCAGGUAGUCACCUCUCAGUCUUUUGGGCCUGUAUGGUCACCCUGGCAGUGUGGGUGGCAGCUGUCCUGGUGACUGUACCCACAGCAAUCUUUGGGACUGAGGUUGAGUUGUGGGGUGUGCACCUCUGUCUUCUGCGUUUCCCCAGCAGAUACUGGCUGGGGACUUACCAGCUACAGAGGGUAGGUCUGGCUUUCAUUGUGCCCUUGGGCAUCAUUAGCACCAGCUACCUGCUGCUGUUGGCCUUUCUACAGCGGCAGCAACGAUGCAGGCCCCAACACUGCCAAGUGGUAGCCCGCUCUGUCGGUAUCCUGGUGGCUUCCUUCACCCUCUGCUGGUUUCCCAACCAUGUAGUCACUCUCUGGGAAAUUCUGGUAAGGUUUGACCUGGUGCCCUGGGACAGUACUUUUUUUUUUUUUUUUUUUUUUUUUUUGUACUUUCUACACCAUCCAUACUCACAUCCUUCCACCACCUGCUUGGCACACAGCAAUAGCUGCCUCAACCCUGUAAUCUAUUGUCUCCUCCAGCCAGAACCCCAGCAGGUUCUUGUCAGCUCCCUCAGAGGUCUCUGCUCAAGACUGUGGCCCCAGAGCAAGGCCUGCAUUGAACAAAUGGCCCUCAAAGAGGUAGGUGAGAGAUGGGUCACUAGCACCCAGGAGUGUGGCUCUUGUACAACACACACAAACACAACUGAACACCUUCAUGAAAGAUGCAACCUGAACACUCUCCUUUCUGAGACCUGUCAGGGGCAGAGCCCACAGAUUCUAGGGAGGAGCUGCUCUCUCUGCCAGGCUGCAGUGUCCCCAGGAAAACUCUGA